AUGGUCGUCGCCCGUGUGCACCUCGUGUUGCGCAUUUGCGCAGCAAUUUGCAUCGCAACAGUCCUCACCACGGGUCUAGUCAUGUUUCAGAGCCCCCGGUUUCUCGGCGGUGUCAAAGUACCGUUCGCAAUACCAACUCCCAUACCGGCUCAAGAUAUCGAGAAGAAUGCGCACAGUAAUAUCGGCCAAGGGUCUCCGAAAUACUUUUCCGAACCCGGUGGCAGCUAUAACCUCAUGCACUACGACACGAGGUUCUUCCAGAAAGAACUGGAGCCCGGCCCACGCAGAUUGGUCUUGGAAGACCUUAUCCGGAGCUACCUCAACAUCACGAACUAUUACGAGGUUGAGACAUGGCUUGCGCACGGCACUUUGAUGGGCUGGUGGUGGGGUGAGCACAUCUUGCCGUGGGAUACGGACCUCGACGUUCAACUGUCUCACGGGACGUUGGACCAUAUCGCGAAGAAUAUGAACUUUACGGAGUUUCGAUAUAGUUUCAACCGUGCGAAUGGUCAAUAUGUUUCAAAAACGUACCUGCUCGAUAUUAAUCCACAUUAUGUCGAGAUUGAUCGAGGGGAUGGCAUGAACAUCAUUGAUGCGCGGUGGAUUGACACGGACAAUGGCAUGUAUGUCGACAUUACGGCCGUGCGAGAGCGAGAUAUGCCGGGCCAGUGGAGUUGCAAGGAUGAGCAUCGAUAUUCUGAGACGGACUUGUGGCCGCUUAAAGUGAGUGAGUUUGAGGGAAUCAAAGCCUUGGUUCCGGCCAGGGCAACGGAGCUGUUGCGAGCAGAGUACGGUUCGACAAGUACAGAGAGGGAACAAUUUUCAGGGUGA